GCAAAACAAACAGAUGAGAUGCGUCGAGUUCCGACUGUCGCGUGAACUCGAGAUACGGGAAUUUCGACUUUCUAUUCCCUUGCGAUAUCCCAAGGAGAGUCAGGAUGUUGAACCUACUGAAUCGAGGGAACAGUUUCGUUCAGGCCGUCAAUCGUCUGGCGACCACGAGGCUGACCAGUCGAGGGGACUUCUCAACGGUUAAGAGUUCGAGAGUCAUUCCGCCGAGGAAACCAUGGAGCUCACCGUAUACACAAUUCAUCGCGUCAGAAUUCCGAGCCGUCGCCGAAGAGAAUCCAGAGCAGAAGCAAACUGAUAUUAUGAAAUUGAUGUCAGAAAGAUGGAGAUCUCUCGACGACGAAACCAGAGAGAAAUAUAGGAUACUCAAUGAUGAGCUCCUAAAAGAAAGGCAAGACUUAUACGAGGAAGAAGUGGCGAAUUGGACACCGGAGAAAGGGAAGCUCGCUGAGGCUGAUCGCAAAUUGAGAAAAAUUGCUCGUGUCAAAAGAGAGAUCCGACUGCUGGAAAAAUCGUUGGGUAAACCGAAGAGGGUAUGCCCCGAAGCAAGUCUCUUCGUCAGAGAGGUUUCUAAACACGGAAAAGUCAAUCUCGCCGAUACAAUUCGUUCAUGGAAAACUCAACCGGAAGAAACCAAAAAGCGUAUCGGGGAGCUACGUGCGAAAUUGCUCGAAGAAUACCAAACCGCGGCUCGAUUAUAUGAGCAGCGGCUGGCGAUAGACGAGGAUAGCUCCAAAAAAUUGAAGAAGUUGAAGGCGAAGCUGCGGAAAAUUUCGGAAGAAACGACAAGCCGAGUUUCGGGAGAAACGUCAAGCCAAGUUUCGCGGGAAUAACAAAGAGCGAAUCCGUUCCCCUUUGAAACAUCGGAGCGAAUUGAGUGUUCCGGGGAGGGGACUGUCUCACCGUUUGGAGUUGUAAAUGAUCAUGAUAGCGAGGUUUGCGUGGUUCCGAUAAUAAACCCAAGCCUCGAAUCUCGAAUAAAUGUGGGGGAAUGU